AACUUUGACAUUAGAAAGUUUUUGCAUCUCGGUUCGGCAUCAUCAGCAAACGCCGUGUUUCCAAAAAAAAAUUGGACCGCUUUCUCCGUCGUUUGUUCCGGGUUUAACACUAUUUGCUACAGAUAACCAUUGCAGGACGUACCGUAAUGGCAUCCAGCACCGAAGAUUUCUACCUGCGGUACUACGUCGGUCACAAGGGCAAAUUCGGGCACGAAUUCCUCGAGUUCGAGUUUCGUCCGGACGGCAAACUGCGGUACGCCAACAACUCCAACUACAAAAACGACACCAUGAUCCGGAAGGAGGCCUAUGUGCACCAGUCGGUGAUGGAAGAGCUGAAGCGUAUCAUAGUGGACUCGGAAAUCAUGCAGGAAGAUGACUCGCUGUGGCCGCCGCCGGAUCGCGUCGGAAGACAGGAGCUGGAAAUUGUCAUUGGCGACGAGCAUAUUUCCUUUACUACCUCCAAGACGGGUUCACUGGUAGACGUCAACCAGUCAAAAGAUCCGGAAGGUCUCCGUUGCUUCUACUAUUUGGUACAGGAUCUGAAAUGUUUGGUAUUCUCGCUGAUCGGUUUGCACUUCAAGAUCAAGCCUAUCUAAGAAGAUAGCAGAAUGUUCGGACGGACAGUGUGUGAAGUCAUUCAUCGACUCAUUUACUUUUACUACUAAAAAUAGUAUUUAAUUCUAUCAUUUUCCGAAAUGUGUGUAUGAAAAAUAACGAUAAAAAGAAAUGUGUUUAACAAAUUUAUAAA